AUGUCAUUUUUUGUUAAUAAGGGAGAUGCUUCUCGAAGUGAGCUUCCGAUCAACAACCUGUCUCAACAACUGGGCAAAUUCAGGAAGGAAAAGUCCAAACCGAAUACGGUUCGUUCGAACCCUGGCUUGAUAACAACAAAACAAAAAUCUCAAAACCAAGGGUAAGGUGAAUUUUAAAAAGGCUUAAGGCCCGUUUCAAACGUCAUGCUACUGCCGUGCUGCUGAACUCAAUUCCUAAAUUAUAAAUACAUUAGAAUAUAUUUAAAAGUUUGCUAAACCGUUUCUUUAUUUUUGUGUUUUGUUUUCGGCAACAGCCGUUCUAUUCGACUGAAUUAAAUUCGACGUCCGAAACCAAGUCGUGCUAGUGUCGUGUUGUAGUCGAGCUACAGUCGAGCCAGCUUAUCACGGCAGUAGCACGACGUUUGAAACAGGCCUUACUCAUAGUUACCCGUUUGUUUGAAGCCGGUUAAGGCUUAUUCAGAAUUACACUGAUUUGAAUCUAAAGUAAUUCUAAAUUUGAUACUGGCUGCAGUAUAUGGCUGUAUGAUCAGGGCGGGCCGGUCAAGGUUUUCACAACACGAAAAAAAUUGUUGUAACCUUACACAACAUCUAUAUUCCUUGAUUGAUCCCCAACCCUAAACUCUGCCUAGUUCGCUUUAUCUACCCGUAGAAGAUAAUCUAGGGAGUAGGGAAUUGAGAUUGGACUCAAUUAGUGAUUAUUUUGAAAACCUUUAACUGUUGUUGUGGUCACCUAGGGAGAGUUUAUAUGAAGAGACCAGUCCGGCUAGCCUGGCUGGCUCAAUUUAAUUAACCUGAGAUCAGGCUCUAUUUUCAUUUCUCUUUGUAAAUAACAUUCCGGCGGGUAAGGCAAAAUGAAAAGAGAGCCUGAUACAAACCUUCUGGGAAACGUCUGCUGCCCACUUUUUUGAUCGAUUGACAUUUGCCAAAUGAGCCAACCAAAAUUACUUCUGCUGCAUGCUUUUUUUAGUAUGCAAAUUUUUCAUACAUGAGAAAAUGCAGAAAAUAGCUUUUAUCUUAUUUUCAACUAAAAAUAAAACAGCCAGCGUAGUCAAAUUAUUUAAGUUCUUGCAAGAUUAAAGGAGAUCUUAAAAGUUAUUUCUGUUGGCGUGAGGGUAAAAGUUUUCUGAAAGACGGCAACACAAUGUUCUAGUUUUAAUAUUUUGGCUAGGUGUGCUUAGUUUUUAAAAUACUGAAAUUUCUAUUUUUCCUGUUGUUCACUGAUUUUCAGUACAUGAAUCUUUAAAAAUCUUGGAGUAAUAUAUCGCAAACUUUUUCAAAGGAUAUAUAAAUUAUCUCAGAACAAACUAAAUGAACUCUCAAGUUCAUUUGAUUUAGUCCCGUAAGUAUACUUGCAAUUUGUGACUUUACUAGAAUCCACCGUCUAAGAAAAUGCAUCUUUUAUACAUUCCGGUAAAUAUUGAAUGUCACUUUGGAUAGACGAAACGACACUACUACAACUGCAUGUGCAACUGACCUAUAAACAAAUUGAAAAAAAAUAUUACAAACACACUUUGUAGUUCUGUUGUGUUGUUGUUUUAUUGCAGUUCCCGAAAUCUUACUAAAUUUUAUAAUCUAAAUUAACAAGCAGCCAGCGAGCGAGGACAGCAGUUUCAUUGGCUAAUUUUUUACAAAAAGCGAAGGGAAACGACAAGCCUGUUACCUUAAGACUAGCAGCACUAGCUUUUAUAAUAAUGCCUACAAAAAUUCCUUGAACAGCGAUUCCAAAAAGUUAUGUCUAAUACUUCACAGCUGGUGAUUGAGAUUUCUUUUGCAGUGAGCCUCAGCUUGCGAACCCCAUUCAGAGACGUCAUUCCUGGCUAAACUUUCAAAUGAAACCAGUUUAAACAUGGACAGUAUUUCAACUUGCAUUUGUUUGUUGGUAAAUCAAUAGGCACCUUGUUCGAGCUCAACAACCUGCAGAGAUUCGACUCCACGAUACACUCACAUUAGUUCCAUAAAUUAAGCAAAUGCUGAGAAGAUAUGAACAAACAUCUGAAUUUUCUGAAUUUCCAUGGCAAAAGGCAUAUUUUCCUACCACAGGACUGUAACAAUAAAAAAUACAGCAAAAUCCUUCUCUCCAAUGACAGUGAAUCAUUUGCGAAGAUUUUCUAUUUUUGAGUGCUAUCGGCCAUGUGAGGAAUAAGUGCUUUCAACUUCCGUUGAUUCCAACAGCCAAUCAGAUCCUGUGGCAUUGUUCUAACAGUCAAUCGGCAUUGCAGCGGGAGCACAUAAGAGAGAAUGUAUUAGAACUACUAAAAUUGGGCCUGAUCUCAGGUUACAAUUUAAUGCAUUAUCUCGAUUAGGAAAUAGGGCAUGAGCUGAGCUAUCCAGGUAAAGCGAUCCAACCUGUCUAAAUAAACAGGCCAGUUGAUACUUAGUUAAAAAUAUUUUUAUGCUACAGUUAAUGUACAUAGGAGUUUCUUUACUGUGGGGAACACAGCUGUUUUUAAAGACAUCAUUUUUUAUUGAAGUCUGUCAACCAUACAGUGUACAAGCAAAAUGCCCCUUAUGGGGGUGCCCACUGGGCUUUGGCAACUUCCUUUUGCCUUUAGGCUACAAGAAAAUCCCAGCUGACAAGUUGGUAAAUACAUGAUGAACAUGUCAACCUGGUGUUUAAAUUUAGCUCAUUUGUGAGGAUCUGGAUGGACGGUCAUGAACGAGAAAGGGGUUUGAUGAGAUAAAGACAAUGGAAGUCAAAGAUUGAUGUGAAGUCAUGUUAUGUAUGUCUAGUUACGUUUUUAGCUGCUACAUACGGGCUAAAAAAUUCUUGAAUUCCAGCUCGUCUUUGCCCAGGGCCAUUGCUUGCUUGUAGACUUUAGAUGACAUUUUUAGACCCUUGCCACUUAAAAAGUUACUUGUCCAGUAAAAUAUCUUGUUGUACUGGAUGACCCAACAGGGCUUUUUUCGAGCCUUGUACAGUAUAUAGGUUUUAAAAUCAAAGUUUUUUUCUUGGUGCUGUUUCAUUCAGGUCAUAAAUUCUUGGACUAUUUCCUUUCAGAAAAUUGUUCAAUUUUUUUUCCAAGAAAAACCCAAAGAAGCAGGUGAGAGUAUAG